AUACGCGCGCGGGCUUUCAGUCUCGCCGCGAUGAUGCCGACGUCGCGAACGCGCUCCUGCUCGCGUCGCAAAGCUUCGCGUUGAGAUUCGCAACACACGUCAGCCUGGUUCAUAGCUGAUUGGCUGUGUCUUGUGAAAACUGCAAAAUGACGACGAGCGCUCAUCAGAUCAUCAGCAAAAACUCAACUUGGUGGAAAAGACGAACCUCCUUGGAACGAGCUCUGGCGGUCAUGUCCGUAUGCGGCGUCCUUUUAUCCAUUGGUCUCAUUAUCGGGAUCGAAGUCAUUGCCACCAAAAUCAGGACCUGCGACAGGGCGUUGGCUGAUGUUACAUCAAAUAGUGACAGGUCUCGGGGCGGAAAGGCUUCUAAACUAGUCGGAAAAGAUAGUAUUUGUUUAUCAUCGGAAUGCGUACAUACGGCAUCGGCAAUCUUGGGAAACAUGGACCCGGACGUCGACCCCUGUCACAACUUCUACGAGUUCGCAUGCGGGAGCUUCGUAAAGAACACAGCCAUACCCGAUGACCAGCCAAGCGUUGACACUUUCAGCAUGAUUGACGACGACUUGCAAAUGCAGCUAAGAUCCAGCAUAGAAGAAGGAAUAAAACCCAAUGAAAAAAUUCCUUUUAGAUUGACGAAAAACCUUUAUCAAAGCUGCAUGAAUAAAUCCCUGAUUGAAGAGAUGGGCCUGGAGCCAUUAUUCAAAAUUUUACGAAAAUUACGAGGUUGGCCUGUCCUUACAUCCUCUUGGAAUGACGAAGAUUUUGACUGGAAGGAGGCUGUCUAUCGAAACCGAAAGAUAGGCUUCUCAGUCGAUCAUUUCAUAAGUUUCGAUAUCGACGUGGAUCCAAAAAAUAGUUCGCAACGCAUGAUCACUUUGGAUCAGGCUUGGCUGGCGCUUCCGCGAGAAUAUCUGUCCAAAGGUUUGGGAAACGAUGUUGUAAGGUCUUACUACAAUUACAUGGUUGAUAUCUCCGUAAUUCUCGGGGGAGAUAGAGAUCGCGUAACCAAAGAACUUCGAGAGUCUCUUGAUUUUGAAAUUAGCCUCGCCAACAUAUCAAUGCCAAGCGAAAAACGUCGCAACGCCUCGGAGCUGUACAAUCCGAUGACCAUCGAGGACCUCUCGAGGGUUUACCCGAGUAUCCCUUGGCUAACUUACUUAAACCGCAUAAUGGAACCAUUCGUACGGCUAGAACCAAACGAGAUGAUCAAUGUCAAGGAGCCCAAGUUCAUCGCUGCACUGGAGAAGCUGAUGCGCGUCACACCAAAGCGCGUCCAAGCGAAUUACGCUAUCUGGAGGGUAGUACGUGACUCCGUCGAUUACUUGGAUGAAGAGAUCAGGAAGCGACAACUUACUUACUGGACUGAAGUCACCGGUGAGACCGAGAGAGAACCCAGGUGGCAGGAAUGUGUGGGUGUUGUCUCGGGUGGGCUGUCCUUGAGCGUUGGCGCACUCUACGUACGAAAGUACUUCGAUGAGGAGGCUAAGAAAAACGUCGUUGAGAUGGUCUCGGAUAUUCGCCGAGAGUUUAGGAAGAUUAUAGAGAAGGUCGAUUGGAUGGACGAAGAAACGAGGCGAGCCGCGUUGGACAAGGCCGACGCGAUGAGUAGCUUCAUUGCUUAUCCAGACGAGCUGCUGGAUGAUUCAAAGCUCGAGAGCUUUUACGCGCCGCUUGAAAUAACGCCAGGAAAUUACCUUGAAAGUGUUCUUAAUCUUACGCUAUUCUCCACUGAGUAUUCCCUUAGCCAGCUUAGACUGCCGGUCAACAAGAGCGAUUGGAUCACCUACGGAGAUUCGGCAGUAGUCAAUGCAUAUUACUCGCCGAACGAUAAUAGCAUACAAUUCCCAGCUGGCAUACUACAGGGCGAAUUCUUCAGUAAAGAUAGGCCACAGUACAUGAAUUAUGGUGCUAUUGGUUUUGUCAUGGGCCACGAAAUUACUCACGGAUUCGACGAUCAAGGCAGUCAAUACGAUAAGUAUGGAAACCUAGUUGAGUGGUGGAAAGAGGAAACGAAAGAAAAGUUUCUUCAGAAAGCACAAUGCAUUAUAAAUCAGUAUGGAAACUACACGGACAAAGAAGUCGGACUUAACUUAAACGGCAUCAACACGCAGGGUGAGAACAUCGCAGACAACGGUGGUAUCAAAGAAGCCUACCUAGCCUACAACGAGUGGGUGCACCGGAACGGACCAGAGCCGCUGCUACCAGGUCUCGACUACACAGCCCAGCAGAUGUUCUGGAUCAGUGCAGCCAACACUUGGUGCAGCAAGCAGCGCGCCGAGAUGCUCAGGCUUGAUAUACUAACGGAUGAACACAGUCCUGGUGAAUUUAGAGUUAUCGGACCGUUUUCCAAUAUGCCCGAGUUUGCAAAGGAUUUCAAGUGCCCCCUCGGCUCGAAAAUGAACCCAGAAAAGAAGUGCGUGAUCUGGUGAAAAAAGUGAAAUGAGGCUAAGCAAUGUGGUUGUUAUUACUUAUCGUCCGAUUCGCAUGUUUUAAGAGAUACUGAUAAUUUAACAUUGACGACUGAGUAGAGGCUUGUAUUUGAGUGUUAGGCUGAUGUAUACAGUAGACCUUGACAAUUAGACAGAACCAGUGACAAAUUAUCAAUUUAUUUUAUAGCUCUACGACAAAAAAAUGUUAUUAUUUUAUAGAUUUUAAGACAAAUUUUGUUUAAUAAGUUUUAUACAAAAUUUAUAUUUUGUUGAUAUAAUAAAAUAUGAUUUGCACGUGUGCUCCAGGUCCAUCUCCCAUACCUAAGCGAUUAAAUUUAUAUCUGCAAAUAAGUAAAGCCUUUAUUCAAGGUAGAAUUAUACUACAAAAAUGAAACGCAAAAAUUGCUAUUGUGCGCAUCUUUAUUUAUUUAUGUUCCUUAUUUAAUGAUAUUUACGCGUUUUGUUGGGAGUGAUUGUUAACUAAACGAUACUUGCAGAGUUACAAGCUUUGAGUGAAACAUGUAUAUUUUUUUCCAAGCAACAACUUGAUUUUAAAAUAAAAGUUUGCAUGUUAUAAACUGAAUGUUAUAUUGGAUAGGUUUUGUACAGAUGAUGCGAUAUGUAUGAUAAAAAAAUGUAAAUGCGACGAUAACUUGUUGAGAUACUUAUAGUUUGCACACAGAUAAAAGUAAUGAGUUGUGAAUUGAUCAAAGAGCUAUGUAUGAGAAUGAAGUCUGUAAAAGGAAUUUGGGUAACAUUUUAUAAAAUGCAUUCUUAUAUUAAAAUAUGAAUAUAUUUAUAAUGUUUCCGUCCUAAAAGACGAGUAAAAGAAAGAUAGUUUACCUUAUUUUUUAUCAAGUUUCGAGGUGGCCAACAUACUAAAGAUACGCCAAUAAAUUUUUAUUUUAAUAAUACUAUAGGUAUAUUUAUGCGCGCUCCUCACGCGUUGUACUGUAAGGACUUUUAAAAUUUAGUGCCAUUUCAGAGACGACCAAUCAUAUCUCGUUUUGGUUUUAGUUGGCUUCUCUUUUCAUAGAUCACUUUUCAUCUUUGAAGAAAAAUAAAUAAAAAAUAAAUAAAAGAAAAUAAAAAAGAAAAAUUAAACUAUAUAUUACUUUAUAGAGUAAAUUAAAAUUUAUGAUCGACUCAAAAGUUGCUAGACUUGUUUUUAGUACUUUUAUUAUUAUUCCUAUAGAUCUUCAAAGCCUUAUUUUUGUGUACUCCUAGGUACCAUCCUUGCUGAAAAUAUUCAUGCAUUUUUAAACCGUGCCUUAGAGUAUUAAUGAACAUUGUUUUUCAAUUACAACACGCAUAUCAUAUUUGACACGUGCUUUAGUAAUAAAUAUUGUUGUGACCGAGCCUGAACGUUGCGCGCUUCGACCACCAAGAAUCGCGCAUAGCGACCUUAGCAACGAGAUCAACGACGUCGCGGAUGUUGUUGUUUAUGUUUAGUCUGGUUCUGUCAGCUGUUGAGAACAGUUGUGUUUACGUUCGAAUAAAGAGUCCUAGUUAAAGAGUGAUUUUCUAUAAA